AUGCAUACGCACGUACUUAAUUCCAUCAUCUAUCUUUGUGCUCACAGGUACGCGGAAAGUAGUAAAACGACAAUCGCCGGAACGGAAGACUCGCCGCAGACCUCCAARAYGACUGCCAGCGCGUUACCCUCGUCUUCGUUUUCGUCACCCGUAGUUACCACUACCUCGGUUGACAUGACAGAGACGGAAAAUCCGGUGACGGCCGCAACUCCGCCGGAAACCGAGGAAGAGGACGUAGUGACCGUACUAGCCGUGGCUGCCGACGCCACCUCAGUGGACGGUGACGGUGGUGGUAGUAGACCGGUUAGUACCACACGGUUUCCGUACACAACGGGUGGAAGGACCCAAUCACCGAUCACGGACACGGUCACGCCCGAAUACUACGACGAUCAACCGGAAGAGCCGACGUCGUCACCGGAACCAGAUUGUUCGGCUCCGAACGCGUAUCUGUAUUACGCUGUGUGCGCGGGUUUCCGGCAACAGCAGCAGUUCGARCAGCUCCAACAACAGCAACAACUACUCCAGCAACACCAACAGCAGCAACAGUUGUACCAGCAACAGCAGCAACAGUUCUAUCAGCAGCAGCAGCACAACCACAUGGCCACCGCGCUGGUCAAGCGUCCGGUCAUCGGCGGCGGGGGCGUGCAAGUCCGGUUCCCAGGAGACGAAGAUCCGGCUUCGGCGACGGCGCAGGCGGACAGCGCAAACCUGAUCAGGUUCCCAGGACCAGCCCCGUACAGGACCACAAACAAGAUGUACGAGAGCAGCAGGCAUCCUACGUGGUGGCCGACAGGAUGGCCGGAUCAACAACAACGACAGCAACAGCAGCUGCAGUCCGAAGACUCGRUGCAGCAGCAGCAUCGUCUACAGCACCACCUACCCCAGCAGAAACAGGACGUCCGGCUCUGGGAAUUCGGGUCCAGGCUGCCAAAAACCACGUCGACCACGACAGUUGGACCGCCGCCCCCGACCCAGUGGUACCACAGGUUCUUCUGAACGAGUGAUACYUAAAUAGGUAUACGCCGCCGCGCCUUUCCCAUCAUCAUAAUACAUAAUAUUAUUAUUAUCAUUUUACACUAAAUAUUGUAAUAUCAUUAUACACACUCCCACGCGUUCUA